AUGUUUAAACACGAACCCACUGAAGACUACACUCAAGAACAAUCCGAGGACUUGCAGCAGUCACUCGAUCGCUGCAUCAACUGCUUCCUCGAGCAGCUGGCGGCGUGGGAACAUGGUACUGGCCACAGGCCAAUUAUGCUGCCCCAACAGAUUCUCGACAACCUUCCCCUUCGGAGUGACCUAAAGCCAACUGCACUAGAGAUGCACCGCGCGCUCGCGAGGUACCACGCAGAGGCGGCGCGCCGGUUAACACAGGAAGUGGAUUCUUCCAAUACCAUCAACAGUGUGACCACGACGUAUUCCCAUGCUCCUGCCUUACAGCAACCGGCGAGGGUACGAGUAGCUCACUUCGCAAGUGAGCCGAUGGAGAAUGGCCAAAUCGGAUCUAACACUGACCUGGAGGAGACCGUCAACCAUGCUGGACCGCCAUCCACCCGCAUUGGAGGGUCCAACAGUAGUCUGGAACUGACCCUCAGCGAUCUGACCGACUCAAUCAAGCGCCUGAAUGAGUUUUUCAACCGCAGAGCCAAUCUCUAA